GGGGACUGGCGUGGUCACAUGACCCGCAACAGAAACCUAACUUUUACCAAGAAGAGAAAACGAAACUUAACUUUCUCCCACGUUCACCCCCGCUCCUUUCUUUUUCCUAUUUCUCCUCAUGUUCUGUGUAGCAUGGUGCAACAUUACCGUCAUGCAGUGUUUCUAAGCGGGCUUUGGAAAGCUGCGGACUUUACUGAUCUAACUGAGAUGAUCCAGCGUGUUUCACUCUUCAUUUAAGCUACCUAGCGCCGAGAUUUUAUUCUUCUAUCUGUUCCGCGCGUAUUUUUCUUGUGUGUAACCUUAGUAUUGUAAUUUAUUUUAUUUUAUUAUUUUUCUUGUCAAACAGUUUUAAUAACUUGAGCAUUGGAAGACCAAAAACUGAAACCAGCAAGCCUAAACGUGACCAAACUGUCUUUUUCACCUUCUUCCUCUGAUCGUCUGAAGCGUGUGUCCAUCCUGAGCCAAGGCUCCAUCUUCUGUGAUUUCUGUUGGAAUCCAAGUGCUUGGCGUGAUCCUUAAGCUGAACAGAGAGCUGCUCCGGCCCCCCUUUUUAGCUCAACCCCUGCGCUAUGAGCAGAGGUAGAGGAGGGCCUUACAAAGAACAAUUCUACAGGCGCCCACCUCCCCACCUACAGGCCAAGGAGAACUACUACAGACCAGUUCAGGCCCAAUUUUUUCAUGGAGAGAACCCCGAUCUGAUCCAAAACCUAAAUUACUACAACCAUCCUGGAGGGGCCCCUCAGCCGCCACGUCCUCUGCACCCAUCGGCUCCCCCUGAACCAAGCCACAUUAGAUUGGCUGCUGCUUCUGACUACAUACAUAACCAAGGUCAGGGCGGCAGCCCAGCUCCAAAUUCCUUCCUUUGCAAACAAGCAGAGUUUCUAAGAGGACAGAGCACCGAGGCGCCACAGUUUAGAUCCAGCCAACGAGGCGGGGGCUCACCAUUCAGCAGGCCACCUAGUUCUCCAUACCAGGCACCAUCAGGCUAUAUUAGACAUUCAAACCCAGGCAGCAGUCCUAGAGGUCGAGGGGGCUUCAGCCCAAACCAGAUUUUUCGAUACUCUUCAGGUCCAAGAGCAACUGGAGGGGCCCUGGGCCCUCGAUUACAAAAUCAAAACCAGUUUCAAGGCAGAACCAGCUACAAUCAGUCAUCCAACAGACAAUGUUGGCCCCAGACAGAGUCUCUCUGUGACCGUUUUCAGAAUCUGUCUCUUCAACAAGAUCAGUCUAGCAGAGGUAGAGAGAGGUUUGAUAGAUACCCUUUCCCCAGCAGCUCGACAGAGUCGAGGUUCGAAAGAGUUAAUAUCACUUUUACGCCAGAUAUACAGGAGCAGGUGCACAGAGCUUUGGCUGCUUUGAAGACAGGUGAGAGGAUCUCUGCUAAAGUAUUAGCUAGAAGAAUCCAUUUACCCAAAAAGACAGUAAACAAGGCUCUCUACUCUUUGGAGCGGUCACACAGAGCUUAUAAGCAAGAAGUGCUACCUCCUCUGUGGAGUUUGUACAGGGCGGAAGGAGAUUACGUCUCUGACAGCAAAACUCCAGCUUCAUAUCUGUAUUUUGGUCCAGAACAUCCACGAACAGCUGAAACAGAAGCUGUCCCAGAAAAGGAAAUCAAGGGGCAGGUCAAAGAAGAGGACUCCGAUACAGAAUCAAAUUCUUCUUACAGCUCGUCUUCAGAGUCUUUUGACUCUGAAAAAGCUCAGUCUGCGGCAGAAAGUCAGAACGAAAAAGAUCGUCCAAACACAACCAGCUGCACCCAUCAGGAGGCUACUUGUCCCAUCAUGGCAAACAGCAAAGAGCAGGUUUUACAAUUUCUUCUAGGUGUAGGAGAGGCAACUGCUCUUGUCAUAGCCAAAAAUCUGGGUCUUAAAAAUGCCAAGCAGAUCAACCCCACACUUUACGCUUUGGAGAAGCAAGGUGAAGUCAAUAGGGAUAGCGACGUCACUCCUCCAAAAUGGAUGCUUUCUGCACACCGCAAAGAGAGGAUGGAAAGGAGCUUAAAAAUUGCAAAGAGUGCCUCGGUUUUUGGGAGUCAUAUGGGAAUGGAAAUCUUUAAAGAGGAGGAUACUGCAAGCGCCGAUUUCCUAUCGACCUUACCUCCUGUACCAGGACUUGAGCCUUUGCCACUGUUGGAGGAUUUGCUGCCAGAGCAAAGUCAAAGUUUUGAGCUGCCUGUGUUGUUGAGUGAGGACAAAGGUCCUGGCGAGCAACUUUGGGCCUCUGAUGAAAUCCCAGAGUACCUCAAUGCAAUCCGGCGACAGACCGACGCAAAGAAAAUGGCAGAACAGCAGGAUGGUGCUGUGGGAACCGUCGCUGUGUCGGUGGCUGCACCCCCUCCUCAAAAUCUGCGGGCCAAAUUACAGGAAGUGAGGCUGAAGAACCCUGUCAGCGGCCUAAUGGAGUAUGCGCAGUAUCUGGGCCAAAACUGCGAGUUCCAGCUCCUUGACCAGUCAGGACCCUCUCAUGACCCGAGAUUUCGCAUGCAGGUGAUGUUGAAUGGGAAGCUGUUUCCCAUCGCAGAAGCUUCCAGUAAGAAGGUUGCUAAGAAGGAUGCUGCAGCCGCCGCGCUGCGCAUCCUUAUCGGAGAGAUUCAGGGAGGACAAGGUCCGCUGGAGGAGGCAAAUGCUGCCGGUGUUGACCAAAUGUUGGAUAUACUUCCAGACACAAGCGGUUCAGUUGAAAAUAUGUCAGGAACCUUUGGGUCGAACAACGUCGAAGUACCAGGGGAAGGACCUCGACAGCCGCUGUCCCGGUCUCUGCCUGGUGGGAAGAAUCCAGUGUCUGUGCUGAUGGAGUACAGCCAGCGCAGUGGAAACUCCAUCGAAUUCAUCAACACCGGGCAGGCAGGCCCACCACAUGACCCAAGGUUCAUGUUCAGAGUGAAAGUUGGAGACACGACGUUUGCCGAGGCCUCAGCACCAAGCAAGAAGGCAGCACGUCAGCUGGCAGCAGAGGAGGCGGUUAAAGAGUUAAUGGCUGAUGGAAAACUGCAAGUCAGCAAGCCUCAGUUGCCCCUCGGCCCGUCCUUUGAAGGAGACGGAGGUGCUUUCAGAGCAACCUGUCCUUCGUUGCCUCCUCUAACUGCGAGUGAGUUGCAAGCUGCCCAUGAGGCAGGGGUCGGGGACCUCAUCAAUCACCUGAACAACAACGCCGUGUCAGGUCUGUUGGAAUACGCCAGAGCUCGGGGCUUUGCUGCUGAGAUCCGCCUGGUGAGCCAGUCUGGACCUCCACAUGAUCCUAAGUUUACCUACCAGGCAAAGCUGGGCGGCCGGUGGUUUCCUCCAGUUUGUGCCUCCAACAAGAAGCAGGGAAAGCAGGAAGCUGCAGACGCGGCGCUGCGGGUUUUGAUUGGAGAAGCUGAGAGAGCAGCACGCACCGGAGAGCUAAUCCCAACUGAGCUACCAGUAAGUGGCAGCACUUUGCACGACCAGAUAGCCAUGUUGAGCCACCAGCGUUUCAACGCCCUGACCACCCGCAUCCAGCACAGCCUUCUGGGACGCAAGAUUCUGGCCACCAUCGUCAUGAGAAGAGGGGAGGGACUGGGAACUGUCGUCAGCCUCGGAACUGGAAAUCGUUGCGUUAAAGGGGAGGAGCUGAGCCUCAAAGGGGAGACAGUAAAUGACUGCCAUGCUGAAAUCAUCUCCAGGAGAGGAUUUAUACGGUUUCUGUACAGCGAGCUGCUCAAGCACUACGAUGGAGCAGACGACAGCAUUUUUGAGCCCGCAGAGGAAAACAAACUCAAGAUCAAACCUGACAUUACCUUUCACCUCUACAUCAGCACGGCACCUUGUGGGGACGGAGCUCUGUUCGAUAAGUCGUGCAGUGAGGCAGGAGAUGAAAUCGAGGGCCACAAGCCGCUUUUUGAGAAUGCAAAGCAGGGCAAACUUCGUACUAAAGUGGAGAAUGGUGAGGGGACCAUCCCAGUGGAGUCGAGUGCCAUUGUCCCCACCUGGGACGGCAUCCAGCACGGUGAAAGGCUGCGCACCAUGAGCUGCAGUGAUAAGAUUCUGCGCUGGAACGUGCUGGGCCUGCAGGGGGCACUACUCUCUCAUUUCUUGCAUCCUAUCUACUUAAAGUCCAUCACCCUGGGCUAUCUGUACAGCCAUGGUCACCUGACGCGUGCGGUCUGCUGCCGGCUGGCCAGGGACGGCGAAGCCUUCUCCCACAGUCUCCCUCCUCCCUUCACCCUGAACCACCCGGAGGUGGGCAGAGUGAGUGUGUACGACUCCACCAGGCACACAGGCAAGACCAAGGAGUCCAGUGUGAACUGGAGCUUUCCAGACCAGCACAACGUAGAGGUGCUGGACGGGACCAAAGGGAAGUUAGACGGGAACAAGCAGGCCAUGUCCCGCGUGUCCAAGUCCAACCUGUUCUGCCUGUUUCGCUCUCUGUGCCAGAGGUGCAACCGCACAGACCUCCUCUCUCUGCCCUCCUACGCUCAGGCCAAGACGUCGGCCGUACCCUUCCAACUUGCCAAGCAGCUGUUCUUUGAAGCUCUCUGCAUCCACGGCUACGGAGCCUGGAUUGGCAAGCCGCUGGAGGAGAAGAGCUUUGAGUUGUCGGAGGGAACCAGAAACAAUGGUGGGAGCGUCCCUCUGGGAGUUGGGAACAGUAAAAACGGAGGGCUAGUGGAGUACAAGCAGGCAGAGGCGUAGAUCCGUGCAGGGGGCUUAACUUCAAAAAUCUUAUUCAUCUGUGGGAAAAUGGAAAGAAAGUGUAGAUUAGGGAGAGAGGGGUGGGGGGACAGAGACAUAAUAAAGUAAAAGUACAAUCAAACAGCACAAAGCCAGUGGCCAGAUCUGUGUCUUCUGAUGGAACAUGGUUGAAGGCUGCAGUGAGAUUGAUGGGAAGGGACGGGACGAGUCAAGGGCAAAGCCUGAAGUAUGAAUGAGGUCACAGUUGACAGACGGAGCUGGGUAGAGGUCCAGGGGCUGUUCAGACCACUGUAAACACUACAUGCAAGAGGAACUUUCUGCAGUCAGUCUCCAUCUCUGUCAACGCUGCGCGGCUCAACUUCAGCAGUUUGUGCGCAGUCCUUUGCGUUAUGUUCCAAACCUGUACUGUUAAUUGUUCUGUUAUCGGAGUGCAGACCAUAUUGUGUUUUCUUUUUAUGUUCUUGGAGCUGGUUUGUAAAAUAUGUUUUCUGUUGCUUUACGUGGAAACUGCAAAACAAUCUGGACCAAGAUGACUUCUGCUCAAUGAAUUGUUUUAUUAUUACCAUUUGCAACAAAAGAAACCAAAUAAAUCUGGCCUAGUGUCGCUCUGCAUUGUAGCCGUGAAUAUAAUUCCAAUUAAGGUAAAAAAGAAACAGAAAAACGCGUAAUGCUCUUGCAUUAACCCUCCCGUGAUCUUGGCGCGUUGCUCAGGAGGAGCGCAGCAAAUGUGAUGGUUGCAGAGGGAUGCUAGGUGGGGGGCGAGGGGGGUUGUCCCGUGUUUCUCAAUUCCGGUCCUCAGGCCCCCCUGCCCUGCAUGUUUUAGGUGUUUCCCUUCUGCCACACAUCUGGAUUGAUUAUUUUGGUGAUUAACUUCUGCAGUACAUGAUGGUCAUGCAGUCAUUUGAAUCAGCUGUUCUGGAACAGAGGCACAUCUAAAACAUGCAGAGCAGGGGGGGGGCGGAGGGGACCAGGGUUGAGAAGCACUGCGUUAGACCAUCAGUUCCUGAAACCAAACAAAAAAAAAACCUCGGAAAAGUUCACGCGGGGUAAGUGCAAUCCUGCGCAGAGUCGGACCGUGCAGACUAAAAACCUGUUUGGUCCAAAUGACCCCGUCUCCGAAGUCCUAGGGAUUAAAGUUAGUGAUUUGCUCUGGCUAAAGUUCAGCAAAAAUGUGGCAUAGAAGCAGCUUUUGGUAAAGGUUUAAGGAAAAAGUGAUCAUCUUCUGCAAUGAGAAUUUGUCAAUUUCCGAUGUGCAGGUUUUGUGACUCUUUGACCUACUGAUACAGAUAUUUUUUUACGACUGGUAACAUCUGAUGUAAGAAAAAAAACCUCUUUUAAGGGGUCGUUAAUUAUUGAUAUUUGGGACAUCACACCAAUCUGGGAGAUAACAUAAGAUAAAAACAAAGUUCAUCAAGACAAAAUCAGUGGAAUCUUUCCCAAGUAGAUUUUGGCCACAAAAGACCAAGUGUGACUGGCUUAACAAAAAGAACAUUUUUCCUGUAGGUUUCCAAAAUCCAGCUGUUUCCAAACGUUCUGCUGAGAAAGGUUGAGAGACCUAAACAAUAAAACAGAGCAACUUUGAACGUGUCCAAAGUCAUCUCACUCAUAGUGAAUGAUUCCUUUCAAAUAGCUCCUUGCAACUUUCUUUUUCCUCAACGAAAUUAUUUUAAAUACAUUACUGAUGGUAGGUGUUAUCCUCUCAGUAAUGGCGUGCCCACAGCUCAUGCUGUUGCACACAAAGAUUUACUUUAAAACUGCUUUUCCUUCAUUAUUGAUCAUUCAGUGACAGAGUAUGGAGAUGAAGGUAAAAUAUCAUUUCGUGUUGGGAAUAUAAAAUUAGUGGUUUGCAGGACAUAAGUACUCCCUAUUUUUAAAGUCAACUGUUUGACUUCUAAAGUUAAUGUUUUGUCUUAUGUUAAAAGUGUUUUUCUUCAUUUUAAAGGCCUAAGGAGCCUCAGCAAACUGACAGGAAGGGUCAUCUUUGUAUUUUCACGUUUUCAGUCACUGUUUAAACCUAAAUACUUGCUUUGGCUCUGACCGGCAGAAACGACGAUUGUUCUUUGUAAAUACAUAUUUACAUUAUUCUCCCUUUAAGGACAAAUUGCUGGGGUUUUAUUAUUUUAGUUAUAUUUGAUUUGAACAAUGCAUUGACUUAAUUUGGUUGAAAGGAGAGAAAUCCUUGUUUUAAACUUACAGUACAUCCCCGCCAAACUUUAACUGUACAUAGGAUCAAGUUUUAUCAGACACUUUAAGAUUGUGGUUGAAGCUUCUGUGUUGUUUUCUUUGUUUGUUUUUUGCUUAUCUGAUUUCUACCAGCUUGUUAGUUCCCUGCACAUCCGUUGACAUCUUGUCUUUAUAGUUUUAAUUUCCUCAGUUUAGGUAAAAACCUUCGUUUGAUUGGUCUCAUCUGUCCUUCCCUUUAAACAUUUAUAGAGAAAUUACCAUGUCUCACUCUGAAACAAGUACACUAUCACUGUUUCUAUGGCUUAUGUGGUUUGAGUCUUUCUACUUUUUGGGGUUUUUUUUUUUUUUUUUUUUUUCACAAGUCUGUAAUUAUUGUUCUCUCGUAAUGUUUUUGAAAGCCUCAAAUGUUGCUUUUUAGCUUCUGCAUGGGAAGCGGUUAGAUCUCGAAGCGCGACUCUCAGGAGGACUGCAAAGUCGGGAAACGUGGCUGUCUGUAAGGGGCGCUGUAUUCUUAAAUCUGCUGAUGCAAUAUAUACAUGAGCUGUACACAAAUACAUGAGUACACAGACAUGCAGUGGGGUUUCAGAAGCCUGAGUCUGGUGUCAGAACCUCGUUUAAGUUUGUUACUCAGACUAUUUGCUUUAACCAAUACUCGUAUGUAGAAAUGCCUCGGAGGUUUUUUUGUUUUUUGUUUUUUUUUCCAAGCAAGGAAGAGCUAUGCAAGCACCAAGUGAUUCUUCAGGCAGUUUUGUGUUGGUCUGCUGCCUCUGCAGAACUAUUAGGUUUUUAUCUUUGUUUUUUAAUUAUCUUAAGCUUUAAGUUGCUGUUUUAGAACAGAGAGCACCUUUUUUUUUUGCAACAUUUAAUUUGGUUCUUAUAUUUCAGCUGUAACGGAGGGACUAUAACUUGUGAAUUAAACACAAUGUAGCAGUGCUGUUAAUGUAAAAUAAAAUCAUUUCAAGAAUACAAAAGAAAUAGAAAUGGUUUUGAUGUGAGAUGGUGUAGGUCCUUGUAUUGGACUCAGACCUCUGGAUCCCACUGUAUGCAACAAUAGAUGCUCGGAGUUUGAUGGUUGUACACGCGGUAUGUCUGUGUGUGUAUGUAUUUGUGUUUUUAAUGUAUAUAUUUUCUAAAAAUAAAAUAAAAUGGCUUUUUAUAUAUUUUUUUCAUGCUUUUUUUUUUUAGAUUAAAGUGAAUUAUAUAUUUCUUUUGAACAAUGGACUUUGGGAAAUUGAGAUAAUAAAAAUGACAAUCUGUCUCUUUUA